AUGCACAGAAAAGUCGGGGCAUUUCCGCCCGAAGCGUGGCUGACCGAUUCGGAGAUAAACAACUUCCUGGCGAAGCUUGUCAACUCCACGGGGGACGCUGUAAUGGCAGGAUAUCCCCGAAAAGACCGCGUUUUAAGGCCUAAAACCGUGGUUUUCAGCAGUUUCUACUUUGAGUCUUUGAAGUGCAGCGGAAUGAAGCAUCUUGCAGGGUGGAUGCCUGAAGGGGACACUUCCGGAGUGAGAAAUCUGAUUUUUCCUUUGCACAGCGAAUCGCACUGGUCGAUUGCGUAUAUCGACCUUUCAACGGGAAUUUCCGUUAUUUUUGACUCGCUCAGGCCCAUACACAGAAGCCUCUCGCACGCUCUUCUCCAGCACUCGGCGGUGAAUCUGUGCAUGUAUAGCAGCAGUUGCGCACAGCAGGAGAAUUCGCACGACUGCGGAGUGUAUGCCCUAUUCUAUGCUGCGUGUUUACUGCGUGGAAAGUUUGGGCUAUUGUUUCGGAAAGUCCCUGGGAAGUUUUCGAGUUAUGUGCGAGAUUUCGUGCGAAAGGGGAGGCGGUAG